UCAAGCUCAAUGGGUCAACUUGCUUUUACGCAUCUCACUUCGCCACCUUCCUCCUAAAACUCCCGAAUCCAAAAAAAAAAAAAUGGAGAAAGCAAGAAUUCUCACUCUCUUGCUUUGAAACCGAAAAAAUCGAGAAGAUUGAUUGAAGGCGCGAAGAAACGAAUGUGUUUGGCUUGAUUCAAAGAAGAUUUCGACAUGGCCGGCAAUGAGAUCGACGUUUGGAUACCCAGAAAAAUGAAGGGUGGAGAUGAAAUUCCUUAUUACAGUGAGUUUGGUGUUUAUGGUUUUGGAUUACUGGGCGCUCUGGGCGGUUUCCUCCUAUUUUUUUUUUCCCCGAAACCUAAACUCGACAUCAGCGAAACCUAAACCCAUUCGACCCCCAAAACUGGAAAAAUAGACCGCAGCUUUUGUUCGCUCUCCCCACCAAGCCACCGCGCCUCUGCUCCACACAUCCACCGCAACUCCGCCCCGAGCCACCGCAGCUCCACGCCUCCACCGCGACUCUGCCUCAGACUCCCUCUACAUCGCGCUGCCUUCAGUCUCUAAAGUGAUUUUCAUUGCUGGUAGUCUGGUACGUAUGAUAUGCUGCUGUCCUUUUCCUAUUGAAUGAUGACGAGUGAACUACAAGUUGAGACCUACAAUGCAAAAGCACUCUAGGAAGGCAACAUUCAACUGUUCGAGCAAAGCAAAGAACGAAAAGCAAAAUAUGGCUUCUCUGACCAAUGAAGCAGCCAGUUCUUCAUCUUCUUCUCUCCCACAUUCUUCUACUGAUCACCAAAAUCAUUACACAUACGAGGUGUUUCUGAGUUUUCGAGGCGAGGAUACACGCUUUAAUUUUACAGAUCAUUUGCACACUGCUUUGUGUCAGAAGGGAAUUGAGACCUUUAGAGAUGAUAAGCUUAGCAGAGGAGAGGACAUAUCACAAGAGCUCCUUAAAGCAAUUGAGGAGUCCAGAGUUUCAAUCAUUGUCUUCUCUCAAAACUAUGCUUCCUCAAGGUGGUGCCUAGAUGAACUGGUCAAGAUACUUGAAUGCAGAAAAUCAAGAGGACACGAGGUUAGACCGGUUUUCUACAAGGUGGAUCCCUCAGAUGUCCGACACCAAAGAGGUGCUUUCGGUGAGGCAUUUGCUACGCUUGAUCAAUGCAAAUACAAGGAUAGCAUAGGCAAAUGGAAGGCAACUCUUAAGGAAGCAGCAGAUUUGUCUGGAUGGCCUAUCAAGGAUGGCGAGUAUGAGGGUAAAUUUAUCAGGAAGAUUGUUGGGGAGUUGUCCGCCCGAGUAGUAAACCCUUCAUGUAUGUUGCAAAUUGCUACACAUCCAAUUGGAAUAGAGUCUUGUAGACAAGACGUCAACAGACUUUUACAUGCCAAGGAAAAUAUUGUUUGCAUGGUAGGCAUAUGGGGGCCUGGUGGAAUAGGAAAGACUACCAUCGCGAAAGCUGUGUUUAAUUCAAUUCGCCAUAACUUUGAAGGUAGCUGUUUUUUGGAAGAUGUUAGAUCAAAUGGCCUAGCCCCACUACAGGAGAGACUUUUGUUUGAUAUUUUCAGGGACUCAACUUUGAAGGUGUGCAAUGUUGAUCAAGGAGUCAAUUUUAUAAAGACAUGGAUGCGAAAAAAAAAAGUUCUUGUAGUCCUUGAUGACGUCAGUCAUUCUAGCCAAUUACAGAAUUUAGUUCCAUCCCAUGAUUGUUUUAGCCCCGGCAGUAGAAUUCUCAUAACAACAAGAGAUAAACGUUGGCUAAUUGCUCAUCAAGUUGAUGAAGUAUAUGAGGUCAAGAUGUUAAAUGAUCGUCAAGCUUUGAAUUUGUUUAGUUUGAAUGCAUUCAAAAGAAAUGAUCCUCCAGGCGAUUAUCUGGAACUUGCACAACGUGUUGUACGCUAUGCCCAGGGCCUUCCAUUAGCUUUGAUAGUUUUAGGCUCUCAUCUAUUUCUUAAAAGCAGGGAUGAGUGGGAAGCUACAUUAGAUGGUUGUAAAGGAGAAGAUCCACACAUAGAGAUAAUAAACGUUCUCAAAAUAAGUUAUGAUGCUCUGGGAGUAGAUUUAAAAGGAUAUUUUCUUGAUAUCGCUUGUUUCUUUAAGGGUAAGUAUGUAGACAAUGUGAAACCAAUACUAGAAGCUUGCUACGACCUCAAAUCAUUGAUUGGUAUUGCACAACUCAAACAAAAGGCCUUAAUUAGAAUUGACUAUGAGACUUUCAAGGGUGGUAGGAUUUGGAUGCAUGACUUGAUAGAAGAAAUGGGUAAAGAAAUAGUGCGUCAGGAGGGUGAAUCUAGCGGAAGGAGUAGAUUGUGGAAAUAUGAUGAUGUCGACCAUGUUUUAACAGAUAAUAUGGGAACAAAGAAAAUAAAAGGCAUCGAAGUAGAGGGGCAGCUAGGAAAAACGAUAUGUUUGAAUGCUAAAAGCUUUUCAGAGAUGAAAAAUCUUAGAUACUUUGUCAGCGAUUAUUUUGCACACUAUUCUGGGAAUAUCGAUUAUCUAUCCAAUGAGUUGAGGUGGCUUAAUUGGUCCGGAUGUCCGAUACAAUCAUUUCCUUCAAAUUUUCAUCCAAGGAAACUUGUUGCUCUCCAUAUUCCAUACAGCCGUUUUAUCAGACGACUAUGGGAGGGACUGAAGAAUUUUCCAAUUCUAACAUCUAUGGACUUAAGAUGUUGUAAAUCCCUAACAGAACUCCCGAACUUCACCGGAAUACCCAACUUGAAAGAGCUGAAUUUAUAUGGUUGUGAAAGUCUAGUUGUGGUUCAUCAGUCUGUUGGAUUCCUAGAUAAGCUUGUGACCUUAAGUCUUGAAGGCUGCUAUAAACUUGUUAAGUUGCCAACCGAAAUUAGCUUGAAAUCUCUCAUUGCUAUGGAUCUUAGUGAUUGUCGUAGGCUAGAGGAAUUUCCAAAAAUUAUUGGAAAGAUAGAUUCCUUUAAAAAGUUGAACCUAUCACACACUAGCAUUAAAGAAUUGCAUUCAUCAAUUGGAAAUCUCAUGGGGCUUAAUGAGUUGAAUCUAGCAGAUUGUAAAAAUCUUACAACAAUACCAUGCAGCAUAUAUGAGUUACAAAAUGUAGAGAUCCUAGAUGUGAGUGGAUGCUCAAAUCUCGUUACAUUUCCAACAAAAGCAAGCAUUUCAUAUGAUCAUGACAGUGGUUCAUUAGCGCUUCCCAAGCUCCGUGCACUGAGAAUCAACAGAUGUAAUUUAUCAACUGCUGAUUUCAUUGGGAGUCUUGGUUGCUUUGAAACAUUAACCGAACUUGAUCUCUCAAGUAACAAUUUUGUCAGUGUUCCUGCACUUGGCAAAUUUGUCAACUUGCCAAGGAUUGACUUGUAUUGUUGCAAGAGACUUCGCGAGAUUCCAGAGCUUCCACCAAAUAUACUCAAGGUAAAUGCGAGGGAUUGCGAAUCACUGGAGAGAUUCUUGAUAUUGCCCAAGUCUUUGAAAAUGCUAGAGAUGAACUUGUGGAAUUGCCAUAGAUUUAGUUACAGUCUGUGCUAUGACAUGGUGGAAAAUAUUUUGCUGAAUAAUCAGCACAAUACCCGGUUUGGUCUUGUAUUACCUGAUAGUGAGGUUCCGAAGUGGUUCCAUUGUUCGAAGGAGGUUGCUGCUAAUGAAAAAGGCCCAUCCAGUACAUGUGCAAUUUCUUUUGAAAUCCCUAGCAAAUUGAAUUGGGAGAACAUAGGACUGGCUGUUUGUUCUGUUCUGGAAAGACGUAGUUUUAUGACCCGCGAUGGAGUUGAUAUUUCCAUCAAUGGGGUAUUCAUACAUCGGUGUUCCGAUUUGCCCAGUUGGCGCCGUUCCAAUUGGCUCUAUCCAACGGCAGACCAUAUGUGGCUAACUUAUUUUCCAUUAUCAGAUGAAAUAAAGGGAAAGGUGGAUCAAAAGGGUUGGGUACCCAUAGACUAUUAUGGCAAGUAUCCCAUUGAGCUAACUUAUCAGUGUCAAGUGGAAUUUUACUGCUCCGCUCAAAUCAAAAGCUGUGGGGUUCACCUCAUAUGCCAACCACCGAAAGAAUAUUCAAAUAAGAUUGUAAUGGCGGCCGAACCUGCCCAUGAGAGUGGCAUGCCGAUGGCUUUCCCCUGCGAAUUGAUGAAUUCGAUGAAUUUGGAAGUUAAGGUUGUGGGUGAAGCCAGAUCUACUCAAAUUGAUGAAUUUGGCUUUCAACGAGAACUCCAAAAUGCUGUUUCAGAAUCUUAUAUUACAGAUGAAGCUCGGCUAGUUGAUGGUGCCAGCAUGUCAGAACCACUAGCCCAGCCUCAUUCUGGAGAGGAAGACCAGGAUCGCUCUACAAAAUAUGUAUCUGGGUCAGCUACCGCGACAACCACGUCACAACUACAAACACCAAAUGCAAAGUCGAGAAAACGGAAAUGGAAAAAUGUGCAAGCAUCAGGUCCAUCUUCCCCAUCACCAAGUGUGCUCAACUCAAUAGAGCCCUCAAAUGAAGCAGGUGGGAGUUCAAGUCCCCCCUCCGGAGAAGCUGCAUUUCCUCAAAUUAUGGCCAUGCAGGAUAUGAUGAAUCAGCUAAUGACUGUGCAAAAAGAAUUGCAAAAGCAGAUGACAAUGAUGGUUCCUGUCCUAAUUACAAAUGAAGGCAAACGAUUAGAGUCAGCUCUCAGUCGGAGUACAGAGAAGGCUGUAAAGGCCAAUAAUAUUGCUUUGAGGGCUCUGUCUCAAGAAGAGAAUGCAAAGAAUGAGAAAUUAUUGCGAGACCGUACUCAACAAGUAACUGGUUUGAUUGUGAACAAGGACUUUCCAGCCAUGUUAGAGAAAAUGGUAAAAAAUGAAAUAGCUGCUGUUGGACCAGCUGUUGUUCGUGCGAUCACUCCAGCUACGGAGAAAACAAUACCUUUGGUUAUAUCUGAUUGCUUUCAGAGAGGAGUGGGAGAUAAAGCAGUUAAUCAAUUGGAAAAAUCAGCUAACUCAAAACUUGAAGCUACUGUAUCCAGGCAAAUCGAGGCGCAGUUUCAAACAUCGGGUAAACAAGCUCUUCAGGAUGCUCUCAAGUCUAGCAUGGAAGCUUCAGUGGUACCUGCCUUUGAGAAGUCAUGUAAAGCCAUGUUUGAGCAAGUAGAUGCCACAGUCCAGAAAGUAAUGGUUGAACAUGCAACUGUGGCUCAGCAGCAUUUUGAGUCUGCACAUUCGCCGUUGGCCCAUGCUUUAAGGGAAGCUAUUAGCUCUGCAUCAUCAGUGACUCAAACCCUAAGCGGAGAACUGGCUGAUGGUCAACGCAAGUUAGUAGCUCUUGCAGCUGCACGGGGAAACUCAAGUGCAGUGAUGCGGCAGGCAUGUGCUGACCUUCUUGAGGGAAGAAGGCCUUUGUCUCUAAUGAUGGGGUUGAUGCUUAAGUAGUUAUUGCUUGUUGGAGUUUGCCAAUAUUGUAGAUUCAUGCAAGCAAGUUGUUGCUUGAAAUCAACCGAACACUACCUAGAUUUCUUCACUGGUAGAUUUUACCUAUUUAAAAGUUGGAUGGUUACCAGCAAGCAUACACUGAUAUACCUUAUAGUGGCGAGACUCUUCUGAUGGUCAGAGCAAGCAAGGGAUGUGAUCUAAUGGGGUGGUUGAUCAAGAGUUUGCGGUAGCCAUAGGAAGUGGCAUGAUGCUGGAGCUAUAAGCAUAGAUGGUGCUGGUGUUGUAUGCUGAGGUUAUUUCAGAAUACUAGUGCUUAUUAAGCAGUUAUAGCCUGGCUUUGGCAAAGUAUCUUGCUUCAAGGUGAUGCCGCAGCUAUGUGCUGACCUUCUUGAGGAAGAAGGAAUUGGUUUCAUUGUUUCUAAGGAUGGAAUUGAUACUGUGAGUAGUUACUCCUUGGAGUUUGCCUCUGUUGUAGAUUCAUGCAAGCAAGCAUGAAUUAUUUGCAUCAAUUCAGCAGCACAUAUUCAGUAGCUAGCACCAAUCUGGAUUACCAUUCACAAGGUCUAGUGGCACACGAUCAUAUGUGGUUGUUGAUGUGGUUUCAGUCAUAAGCAAGUGGCAUGAGUCUCUUUACACGCUGCUGCAGAUCAGGCUCUCUCCAACAAGUAUUUCUAUUCAUCAAAACUGAUCAAUGAGUUUUAUUUUAUCAUAAUUUACAAUCAGAAGCCAGUUUAAUGAAGUGAUCACAGAACAGCUCAUUUUCUUAGAAAACAGUUGGAAAUAUUGGACUAUCCUCGAUUUAAAGACAUAAACGUUGAGGUCUCAAGUAUAUAUCACAACUUUUCCAUUAUCUUCAUCGUUGAUUAUCAAUUGAGUCCCACUGUUGUAGGAGAAUAUUGGUGGCAGUCAAGGCUCUGCAAAUCACGGUAUUCCAUAUAAAUUGGUUGAUAUGAUCCAGUAGUAAUAUUUGGCUUCACUUUGUUACUUACAUUUCGAUUAUUGUUAUCAGAUUUGAGCAAAAUCGGGUACAUGCUGAUCUGUCUGAAUUUGAGACGACUGCAAAUGAACCAGAAGUAAAGGUGACAAGCAAACCAAUAGUGAUAUACCCCAACAGUAGUGAGACCUAUGAUGGUCAGAGCAAGCAAUGGGUGUCAUCAAGUAGGCGGGUUGAUUAAGUGUUUGCAGACGUAGUCAUAGAGAAGUGGCGUGAGGCUGGUGCUUCCCUGUUUGGAGGCUGCUGCAGAACAACUCCAAAUACCAUCACGGCAAUAUCUAAGGCUCUUUCUAACAAGCUAGUCUUUUGCAGUUAACGAUGCUCAGUUGAGUUCUGAAAAUGAGAUGUAAAUAUUUGUAAUAUGAUGCAAAGAAUAAGUGCAUGUGUCUUUUCAUUUCCUUGUUUUGAAAUUCAAGUAGCAGCAAACCUAUCACUAUGGUGCUUCUGCUGUAUGGUGGCUGGUGAGUUUGUUUCACAUCCAAUAACACUGCUGUUACCUUGCAAAGUUAAAUCUCACUAACA